UGUGUGUGUAGGAGGCGUGGUGUUUACUCGUCGACCUGCAGGUUCCCUCCGGCGCUCACUUCAUUCACAGCCUCUGUCAGAGCGACACAGCAGCAGCAGACAUGAGCGGACGAGUGGGAGACCUGAGCCCCAAACAGGCUGAGAUAUUAACUGAGUUUCGGGGGAGGAUCCAGGACAUCCUCCCCAACCUGCCUGCACAGCACGACCACUACCUCCUCCGCUGGCUCCGAGCUCGUAGCUUCAAUGUUCAGAAAGCUGAAACUAUGAUCAGAAAGCAUCUGGAGUUCAGGAAGAAGAUGAACAUUGACUCCAUCAUAUCUGACUGGAAACCUCCAGAGGUGAUUGACAAGUACGUGUCUGGAGGGAUGUGUGGAUACGACAGGGAGGGCAGUCCCAUCUGGUAUGAUGUCAUCGGCCCUCUGGACCCUAAAGGUCUGUUGCUAUCGGCAACCAAACAAGACUUCAUGAAGACGAAGAUCAGACACACUGAGAUGCUGCAGAGGGAGUGUCAGAGGCAGUCGGAGAAGUUGGGGCAGAACGUUGAAGCGAUCACUCUGAUCUAUGACUGUGAAGGACUCGGACUGAAACACAUCUGGAAACCUGCCAUAGAGACGUAUGGAGAGAUCCUCACCAUGUUUGAAGACAACUAUCCAGAGGGCCUGAAGAGGGUGUUUCUGAUCAAAGCUCCGAGAAUGUUUCCCAUGGCCUACAACCUCAUCAAACACUUCCUGUGUGAGGAGACACGACGGAAGAUCAUCGUUUUAGGAAGUAACUGGCAGGAAGUGUUACGUAAACACAUCGACCCCGAGCAGCUUCCUGUGGUGUACGGAGGAACCCUGACUGAUCCUGAUGGAGACCCUCGCUGCAGAACCAUGAUAAAGUACGGCGGCACAGUUCCCAAGUCGUACUACGUUCAGGACUCGGUGAAGGUUCAGUACGACAGCAGCGUGACCAUCAGCCGAGGCUCCGUCCUCCAGCUAGAAUAUGAUGUCACAGCAGCCAGCAGCCUCCUGAGGUGGCAGUUUGCCAGCGACGGAGCGGACAUCGGGUUCGGAGUGUACAGACGGACCAAAGAGGGCGUCGGACAGAAAGUGGCUGAGAUGCUGCAGGUUCUGCCCAGCGAACGCUACAAUGCACACCUGGUCCCUGAAGACAGCGGCCUCACCUGCUCUGAGCCUGGAGUCUACGUGCUGUGUUUCGAUAACAGCUACAGCAUCCUGCAGUCCAAGAGGGUGAGCUACAAAGUCGAGGUUCUUCCUCCGCCGGACGGACAGAUGCAGAGUCCACGCAGCCGAGGAGACGGCAGGCUGCAGUGAGCGGGAGCACAGAGUUCACUGAGUAUCACCAGUCACUGACAGCAAAAUCAAUACACUUACAUCAGGGCAAAAAACAACUGUGGACUUCCUGUCAACACCUCUGUUUGUCCCACUGUACGCAUCAUAUAUGUGUUAGUUUAUAAUCAGUAAUUAUCCCUCAAUAACUUGUUUAUAGAGCAGUCUUUUACAAUGCAGCUGAUAACCACUUGUGCCCUACCUGCAGACACAGGCUGAUGAACGUAGUGAAGCAUUUAGCAUCUAAAUGUUUCCCUCAAAAGUUCCUGUAUUGUUAUUGUAACAAGAUCGACUACAGCUGCUUUAAAUACAAAUUAUUAGCCGCAGCACCGGUGAUAGCUGUGGACGAAGCAUUAUGUUUUCAGGUUUUCCAUCUGUCCAUCCAUCCUUGUGAUAUCUCAAGGAACGGCUCAAGGGAAUUUCUUCAAAUUUCCCACAAAUGUCCACUUGGACUCAGCAAUGAACUGAUACGUUUUUGGUGGUCAUAGGUCAAAGAUCAAGGUCACUGUGACCUUGUCUGUUUCAUUUCUCCAAAACACCUCAAGGAAAUUUCAUUGAAAAUUUGACACAAAUGUCCACUUUGACUGAAAAAUAAACUGAUGAGAAUUAGGUGGUCAAAGGUAAAAGGUCAAGGUCACUGUGACCUUCCUUUCUCAUUCUUGUGCAAAAAGUAUCUCAUUAACACCUAAUGGGAAUUUUUUCAAAUUUGGAACAAAUGUUCACUUGGACUCUAUGAACAGGUUAGAGUUGAUGGUCAAAGGUCAAGGUUACUGUGACCUUGCAUCUGUCUCAUUCUUGUGAAUGUGAUAUCUCAAGAGCACUAUAAGGACAUUUCUUUACAUUUGGCACAAACGUCCACUGUAGAAUAAUCUGGCUAGAAGUUUGUGGUCAAAGGUCAAGAUCUGUGUGACUUUGCAUCUGUCUCAUUCUUGUGAAUGCGCUAUCUUAAUAACUUGAGGGGAUUUCUUCAAAUUUGGCACAAAUGUUCACUAGGACUCAACCAUAAUCUGAUUGGAUUUCAGUGGUCAAAGGUCAGAGGUCAAGGUCACUGUGACCUUGCUUCUGUCUCAUUCUUGAAAUGCGAUAUCUCAAAAACACCUUGAGGGAAUUUCUUCA